GCUCUGAUCCAACCAUGUCAGCGUCCGACAAGAUCGCCGUCCCACGGUCAGUGGAAGAUAUCACCCAACCCUGGGUCCAACAGGUCUUCAACAAAGCUGACCCUGACGUCAGCAUCACCGAUGUCAACAUCGAGGGACGCAUAGGGGAAGGUCAGGGCUUCAUGAACAGCCUUGUCGCCUUCGUAGCCACUGGCAACAAGAACGGUAAAGAAGAGAGGCACAGCCUUGUGGCCAAGCUGACAAGUUUCCAUAUGAUGGAGGAAGUAGAAUUCAUGACCGAGGAGGAUUAUCUUGAGCUGGACACAGCAGAGUCCAAGUUCUACUCCUUGGCAGUGCCGGACUUACUGUCCGUGUUCCCCAUAACCAAGGGCUCGGGAGUCGUGGAAGAUGCCGUGCCUGUCCCAAAGUGCUACUUCACCGCUAGUGACCAGACGUCCAAGAUGUCCGUUCGUUUGCUGGACAAUCUCAAGACUCAAGGCUUCUCGAUCAAACCGUACCCGCAACCGUUGAACCUCCAGGAGACGAAGCUUGCAGUAGGAGCUCUGGCCCGGAUCCACGGUCUCUCCCAUCGUCUGGAGCUCCAGUCUGGAGUCCCCCUACCAGACAGGUACGACUGGUUGAUGGACAUCCACCGUACCAAACAACAGUGGUACGAAGCGGCCUACCAAGAGGGGGUCAAAGCCUUUGCAUCAGCCUUUCCUGACGCCAUAGACCUGUUGGCCUGUCUGGAGAAGCUGAACACUGUCCCGACGGUGAAUGAGGCGGUGAAGAAUCCUGCGAGGGUGAAGGUGCUGAGCCAUACGGACUGCUGGAACAACAACAUCAUGUUCAAGUACGAAGAGGAUGAAGCCACAGACGUAAAGCUAGUGGACUGGCAGACUCCCUCCUACCGAACGCCGACCUAUGACCUGGUCGUCCUUUUCAUGUUCCAAAGUUGGGACAUUUUCCACAACCAGCGGGACGCCAUCUUGGAACAUUACCACCAAGAACUACAGAAGACCUUGGGAGAGCAGAAAUCUGCAGGUCUACAAUUGUACACAUUGGAGCAGCUGAAAGCAGACUUCCGUGCUGACUGUGCGAUCGGGGUGUUUGAACGGAUGAUAUUUGCUCCAGGGCUCCUCCCCAGUCAACAACCGGAACUGCUGAAGAUUGUACAGGAAGUCAAGGACUGGGGCGUGAUCUAGCUGUUCGUUUCUUUUCUUCAGCUAUGUUAGGAUAACGUCACAUUUUUAAGGGCUGUUUGAGGAAACGAAAAAUAGUAAUGUGUACGUAAAAAUAUACACAAAUAAUGCCCGAGACUACUCUCUUUACGUCAUGCCUUUCCACAACUGACUACACACCUACCAAAGGUCAAAAAGUUUCAUUCACAAUUUCUCGACUUAAAUGCUGUUGACCUACAUACAGACCCAUCACCCUAUGGAACAACCGAAAACAUGAUCUUCUUGGCAAAAAUAAUAACUAGAUAGCUCGUAAGACUUCAGCACAAUCCAUUUGAAAGUCUUUUCACCAAGAAACUUUAACAGUCAUACAUAUAACAUGACAGUUAAAGUUUCUUGGUAAGAAGACUUUCAAAUGGAUUCUGCUAUUUUUCAUCUGCUGAAUGGGGUUGUCAUGUGACCUGUCAUGUGACCUGAUAGUCCCAGAUCAUGUGUCAUAAGGGUGUUGGAGAUGUGGGGGGGGGGUUAUAUUAGACCAAUGAACACACAAAAACAUCAACAUUUGACAUAUAAGACAGCUGUUUAUUGAGCAUAAAAUUACUAGUUACAGUAUACAGAAUUCCUGUUUACUACACAAUUAAUCUUAUAGAGCAAUAUACACAUACAUGUACACAUGGAACUUUUGUUAAUUUCAUAAAAUACAAACUGAUUGCACUUUAAGCCCC